AUGGAAGUGGAAAUGUUGGUAGUAGGGUAUUUCUCACCUAACUCUACUAAAAGGUUUUUUGCUGAGAUCUCUAGGGUUGCAGUUGACAAGAAUAUUGUUGUCUAUAGAAAUCCCAAGAGAGGUAUCAUUUUGAUUGGAGAUAUAGGAGGUACUGCAGAAGAAGAUGUUGCUGCCCUCAUAAAGCUCCCCCUUGGCGAUGCAUGGGCCAUGCUAGAGGAGUUUAUUCUCAAAGAACAUCUGUCAAAGUCAACUCCUGUGACCCGUAUUGGUCAAGGUCAUGAGACAAUUUCUUUUAAAUCCAACUUUGCAUCUUGGUCUGCAACUUUUGUUCCUGAGGAAACUAUAGGAAAUGUAGCAACCAUUGUAUCAGGUGGAAAGGGUACAACACAAGACAAAAUUAGAACCCUGAGGGAAGCGGGUGUGAUAGUGGUGGAAUCACCAUCAAAGAUUGGAGUUGCUAUGCUUGAGAUGGAGACUGAGGGGCAUGAAGUUGUGGAGACUCCGUUUCUUGAGAUUCUUGCUGCUGGAGGAAAGAUGAGUAUCAUCAUGUCAAGAAGUCAUUUUAGAUGA